CACCGCGCCCGUGCUCCACGCCGCGCGCUGCCCUGCCGCCGCUGCCCACCCGCGCCUCCUUUCGCCACCGGGCCCCACCGCAGAGCCUCCUCGCCACCCGGCGCCUCCGGGCCCCGCCGCCGUCGGCCUCCGCGCGCGGCUCGGCCGGGGCGCCGCUCCCUUGCGCGGCCCUGCCGCCUCUCCCAUCGCCACCGCGCGCCGCCUGUCCCGCAUGCGGGCUCGGUGACCCACCCCCAUGCGCCGCCGGACAAAACCCUGAGCUCCGGUGAUCCCAUACGGUGGGAGCUGAGCUGAUCCCCCAAGAUAAAAAAGAUGGGGCAGGAGAUGGAGGAGGAGGUCCUGCAGUCGGUGAGCGACCUCCCUGUGCAGAACCCGCCAGGGGAGGAGUUCUCCGCCGCCGACCUCACCUGGGUCAAAUACGCCAGCUCCGAGCACCACCGGGACGAUGUCGCGCUCAUCCCCUACGACCGGAUGGAGGCUUUCAUCAGCGGCGAGAGCAACAACCCCGAGUGCCCCACCCGCUUCCACAUCGAGCGCGGCCGCAAGCGUGAGAUGGGCAGCCUCAGGGAGUACAGGAGCGACGAGUACCUUCUCUACAGGAUGUAUUGGUGCUCAUUUGGCCCUGAGAAUUAUGGGGAGGGAGGGACAAUUUUGCCUAGCAGAAGGUACAGGCUUAACACGAGGAACCGUGCUGCACGGCCGCAGUCGAUGCGAGGCUGCACUUGCCAUUUUGCCAUCAAGAGGCUCUAUGCCCGUCCUUCCCUGUUACUCAUCAUCUACCACGAAAGGCGCCAUGUCAACAAGUCCGGCUUCAUAUGCCAUGGGCCCCUUGACAGGGAUGCCAUCGGGCCUGGUGCUAGGAAAGUGCCAUAUAUUGGGAGCGAAAUCCAGCAGCAAACCAUGUCAUUGAUCUAUCUCGGUGUUCCAGAAGAGAACAUACUGCAGACGCAUAUAGAAGGGAUACAGCGGUACUGUAGCUCAGAUGCCAAGGUUGAUAGCCUUGCUUCCCAGUAUGUCCAGAAGCUAGGGAUGAUCAUCAAGAGGUCUACACAUGAGCUGGAUCUAGAUGAUCAAGCUAGCAUCAGAAUGUGGGUUGACAGAAAUAAGAAAUCUGUAUUCUUCCACCAGGAUUCAACUGAGACAGAUGCCUUCAUUCUGGGGAUUCAGACAGAAUGGCAAUUGCAGCAAAUGAUGCGCUUUGGUCAUCAAAGUCUUUUGGCUUCUCAUUCCUCAUUUGGUGUAAGCAAGCUAAAGUAUCCGUUGCACACCCUCCUUGUAUUUGACUCAAGGCAGCAGGCUCUUCCUGUUGCAUGGAUUAUAACCCGCUCUGUUGCAAAGAAGGAUACAUUGAAAUGGAUGAGGGCACUUACCGAUCGAAUACAUUCUAUAGACUCCACCUGGAGAAUUGGUGGGUUUAUCAUUGAUGACCCGGCUUCAGAGCUGGACCCAAUCAGGGAUGUAUUUGCCUGCCCGGUUUUGUUCUCUUUGUGGCGCAUCAGGAGAACCUGGCUUAAAAAUGUAAUCAAGAAAUGCAGCAAUGUUGAGGUACAGCGGGAAAUUUUUAUCCAACUAGGCAAGAUUAUAUACAAUAUCUGGAGUGAGAAAAAUCCCAUGGAUGCCCUAGGGCAGUUGUUUCAAGACUUUGUUGAUCAAACAGCCUUCAUAAAAUAUUUCAAGUCAUUUUGGGUUCCCAAAUUGGAGAUGUGGAUUGACUCAAUUAGAAAUCUACCAUUAGCAAGUCAGGAAUCAUGUGGUGCCAUUGAAGCUUACCAUCUGAAGCUGAAGUUAAAAGCAUACGAUGAUGUGCAGCUGGAUGCUCUCCAACGGGUGGACUGGUUAGUGCACAAGCUCACCACAGAGCUCCAUUCCAGCUAUUGGAUCAACCUAUUCUCAGAUGAGAGUGGAUCAUUUCCAGAGGUGAAAGCAGACUAUAUUGCAUCCACAUCAUGGCAAAGGGCAUUGCAGAUUCCUGAUGAUGCUGUUAUCUUUGACGACAAGGAGCCUCUUUUAGCAAAAGUAGUCAGCCAGAAGGAUCCAAGUCAGAUGCGAACCGUAUGGAAUCCUGGUUCUGAAUUCUCUCUCUGCAAUUGCUCAUGGUCAAUGCAGGGUAACCUAUGCAAGCAUGUGCUAAAGGUCAACAUGAUGUGCGGAACACGCAAGGAUUUUCAGCCCUCUCUAUCAUUCCAGUCAUUUCAGCAUGUCCUACUUGGUCUGUGGCAAAAACCAUCGGAUGAUUCGUUCUCGCUUGACUUGUCAGUAGCAUGGGUCAUGCAAAUGCAGGAAAGGAUCCAACACAUAGCUGAGCUUGCCACCUCUGAUGGUAUCGCCCAAGUUGCAGGGAAGUUGCCGAUUCAGUGGACGAAAAGGAGCGGGAGAAGAAGAGCUGCCAAGCGCACCAGCCCAUUAGUUCUUCCUCAUUCUAAUGGCAGUUUGCAAAAGGACUUGACCCCAAAGAAGAGCACGAAGAGGAAGAGGUUGUCUUGCUUUCCGGGUUAAUCUGUGCUGCCUGCUAGAUAGUUAAAUUUUUGGGCUCUCUCUCUGUAACUAGAUGGCUAACUGUUUUUUUCCCUGUCUAUUUAUUUCUUUUUACCGUUGGGGUGAGUGAACUUGCUCAGCUACUUGUAAUCCACCCCACUUCCGAUGUCUCCGAGGAAUAAUAUAAUUGUUCAGGUAGUAAUAUAGGAACUUAGGAAGCCUUUGUUCCAGUGUGAUGAUUCAGUUUCCUGGUGAAAAUCUUCCUUUGAACUUC